GACAUAUUGGAUCAGCCGAUCAGGAUUCAGAACACGCACGACCUGGCAUACGAAGAAGAUAUUUAUGUAACAUCCAUGCAUCCUCAGAAGCGGAUGUUUCGGUUGUCCUAACUCCACCUCUGACCUCCCUCAUUGUUAAUGGACUGCGACUGCAAAAGUGCAAAUAAAGGGGAUUUCUAGUAAGAAGGAAUUUCUUCUAAUAUAUAAAGGGGAUAUUCCAUCCCGACUCUCUCCUUCCCAUCUAUUUUCCCUCUUUUAGGGUUUGUGGCUUCCGGUUCUGCUGCUGCUGGUUGUUCAAGAGCACUGAGUCGAAUCUUGGGUGUUCGUCUGUUCGAGUUGAUUGCCAAUGGGAGUCCCGGCCUUCUAUAGGUGGUUAGCGGAGAAGUAUCCACGAGUGGUGGUGGACGUGGUUGAAGAAGAACCGGUCGAAAUCGAUGGCAUUUGUAUUCCUGUUGACACCAGUAAACCUAACCCUAAUAACAUCGAAUACGACAAUCUCUAUCUCGAUAUGAACGGGAUCAUCCAUCCUUGCUUUCAUCCUGAAGACCGGCCUUCUCCUACAACAUUUGAUGAGGUAUUUGAGAACAUAUUCAAUUAUAUUGAUCGACUUUUUGUGAUGGUGCGGCCCAGGAAGCUUCUUUACAUGGCUAUUGAUGGUGUUGCUCCAAGGGCCAAAAUGAAUCAGCAACGGUCUAGGCGUUUCAGGGCAGCCAAAGAUGCAGCAGAAGCGGCAGCUGAAGAAGAACGGCUUCGAGAAGAGUUUGAGAAGGAGGGCAGAAAACUUCCGCCAAAACAAGCGUCACAAGUCUUUGAUUCAAAUAUUAUCACUCCUGGAACUGAGUUCAUGGCUAUUUUGUCAGUUGCACUGCAGUACUAUAUUCAUCUUAGACUAAACAAUGAUCCUGGAUGGCGAUCAAUUAAGGUUAUCCUUUCUGAUGCAAAUGUUCCUGGUGAAGGGGAACACAAAAUUAUGUCUUACAUUCGUCUUCAGAGAAACCUAUCUGGAUAUGAUCCAAAUACACGCCAUUGCUUGUAUGGUUUGGAUGCAGAUUUAAUCAUGUUGGCAUUGGCUACUCAUGAAGUUCAUUUCUCAAUCCUGCGAGAGAUUGUUUUCACCCCUGGACAACAAGACAAAUGCUUCCUUUGUGGUCAAAUGGGUCAUUUAGCAGCAGAUUGUGAAGGAAAAGCAAAAAGAAAGUCAGGGGAAUUUGAUGAGAAAGGUGAAAGUGCUGCUGUCUCCAAGAAACCUUACCAGUUUCUAAACAUCUGGACUCUCAGAGAGUACCUGGAGUUUGACAUGAGAAUUCCUAAUCCUCCGUUUGAGAUAGAUUUUGAAUGCAUCGUGGAUGACUUUAUAUUCAUGUGUUUCUUUGUUGGGAAUGAUUUUUUGCCGCAUAUGCCCACGUUGGAGAUUCGAGAGGGUGCUAUCAACUUGCUGUUGGCUGUUUACAAAAAGGAAUUUGGGGCAAUGGGUGGCUACUUGACUAACUCAAGCAAGCCAAAUUUGAGCAGGGUGGAGCAUUUCAUUCAGGCAGUCGGGUCCUUUGAGGAUAAAAUAUUUCAGAAAAGAGCUCGACUGCACCAGCGGCAGGCAGAAAGAAUAAAGCGUGAAAAGGCACAAGCAAAAAGAGGAGAUGAUGCUGAACCUCAAGUCAUGCCUGAUUCUCUGGUUGCAGUUGCUCACUUUCAUGGUUCUCGUCUUGCUUCUGCACCUUCACCCUCGCCAUACAAGCAAAAAGGAUCUAAUAACAGUUCAACUAGUUCAAUGUCUGUUAUUAAAGAAAAUCUGCGCCCCCGAAAAGUUGCAUGCUUGUCCUCAGGGUCCACUAUAGGCGCUGCUAUUGUUGAAGCAGAAAAUAGUCUUGCAAUGAUACAUGAAAACAAGGAAGAAUUGAAGAUGAAGCUGAAAGAAUUAAUUCGCGAGAAGUCGGACCUCUUUAACUCAGAAAAUAUGGAGGAAGACAAGGUCAAAUUGGGAGACCCAGGUUGGAAAGAAAGGUACUACGAACAAAAGUUUUCUGUAAAAACUCCCGAUGAACUUGAAAGAAUACGAAAGGAUGUUGUUCUAAGAUAUACAGAAGGCUUAUGUUGGGUUAUGCACUAUUACUAUGAAGGUGUUUGCUCAUGGCAGUGGUUUUAUCCUUAUCAUUAUGCACCAUUUGCUUCUGAUCUCAAGGAUCUUGGUCAGUUGGAGAUAAGGUUCACAUUAGGUGCCCCCUUCAAACCAUUUAAUCAGCUGAUGGGGGUUUUUCCAGCUGCAAGUUCCCAUGCACUUCCCGAGCAGUAUAGGAAAUUGAUGACAGACCUAAAUUCACCUAUUAUUGAUUUUUAUCCCAUCGAUUUCGAAGUGGACAUGAAUGGAAAGCGAUACUCUUGGCAGGGUAUUGCCAAAUUGCCUUUUAUUGAUGAAGAUCGGCUUCUUGCUGAGAUAAAAAAAGUUGAAAAUACUUUGACGGAAGAGGAAGUGCGAAGAAACAGUAUGAUGCAUGACAUGCUUUUCGUUACUUCAUCUCAUCCUCUCUCUCCAUACAUAUUUUCUCUUGAUGAUCGCUGUAGACAAUUGUCAGAUGAAGAGCGUUUUGAAAUUAAAGAAAAACUUGAUCCCAGAGCUAGGGCUACACGCAGUGGUGGGAUGAAUGGGUACAUAUCACUUUGUCGUGGAGAUCCUUGUCCUCCUAUUUUCCGCUCUCCUGUUACUGGAAUGGAAGAUAUUAUGAAUAAUCAAGUCAUAUGUGCUAUAUACAGCCUUCCAGAUGCACAUGAGCAUAUUACACGACCAUUGCCUGGGGUUAUAUUCCCAAAAAAGACUGUUGCUAUAGGAGAUGUCAAACCAGCUCCUGUUUUGUGGCAUGAAGAUAAUGGAAGGAGGCCAUGGGAAAAUAACAGGAAAAAUACACCGGGAUCCAUUUCUGGUCAACAUCUUGGGGAGGCCGCACAUCGGCUUGUUAUUAACAGCUUACAGUCGAAGAUGGAACAGAACGGGGGUCACCACAGAUACAAUGCACCAACUUAUGCUGCAGGUGGUGCAUCCCAAAAUGGUAGAUAUCACAAUCAGGAAUAUCACAGAACAGCACCACCUAUGGCCGACUACCCUGCUGAUAGAUAUGCUGCUGCCACCACCGUCCAAAGUAGACCAGAUCAUGGGUACAGGCAGCAGUAUGUUUCAUCAGCUCCCCAACCCCACCACCAAUAUGAAAGAUGGACAGAUCCUCAAUAUAGAAGUAAUUGGAGGCCAGCCCGUGACUACCCACCUGGUCCAUUCCAGCAUAGUGGGAGGCCUCAGUAUCCUCCCAGACCCGUGGUACCUGUACCCCCAGUAGCUGGACCUCCUGUUCAUCCUGGGGGUGGUGGAUAUGGUCACUGGGGUUACCAAGCAUAUGAAGCUACUGCCCACAAUCAAUGGGGAGGUGUUCGGGGUGCUCCACCUAAUCACGGAGAGGUUAUUGGAGGGCAUGGUCAUCCACAGCCAUCAGGCAAUCGUUAUUCAGCCUUGGAUAGGGGAAGUAGGCGGCCACCUUCCUCUGGGUACAACCGCCACUAACUUUAUUUGGUUGCAUAAAUGUUGUACAAUAGUUGCAACUUAGAAUUUCGGUUUAUUUCAUUUCAUAAUUUUAGGUUUGAUGUAGUUCCCCCCAUUUAUUUGGCUGUUUUGUUGUAUUCUUAGUUAUAAAUGCCAGGAACAUAGCUGUAAUAAAAUUGUGAAAGCAAUUAAGUAAUACAUCACCAAUUCACCAUUUUAAGUGCAGUUCCAA